AGGCGGGAUGUGGGAGGGCCCAAGGGGGCGCGGGAGGGACCAACCCUAAGGGGGGGUCCGGUCUCCCCUGGCCGAACACUUUUUGGGUGAAGUACCAGAAACUGUUCUCCAGGACCGGACUCUACUCCCUGCCCUCGGGGCCCCGCUCUGUCAAAGAUUCUGAGGCGGCCCAAGCUAACUAAGCUCCCCACACAUACACUCGCUCUCUUUUUGGGACACUCAGGCCUUCCCUGACAUGCGACCUGUCAGUGUCUGUCAGUGGAGCCCAUUGUGGCUGCUGCUGUGCCUGCUGUGCAGCUUGUGUCUGGGAUCUCCAGCCCCAUCCACGGCCCCUGAGAAGAAGGCCGGGAGCCAGGGGCUGCGGUUCCGGCUGGCCGGCUUCCCCAGGAAGCCCUACGAGGGCCGAGUGGAGAUACAGAGAGCUGGUGAAUGGGGCACAAUCUGCGAUGAUGACUUCACGAUGCAGGCUGCCCACAUCCUAUGCCGGGAACUGGGCUUCACAGAGGCAACAGGCUGGACCCACAGUGCCAAAUAUGGCCCUGGAACAGGCCGCAUCUGGCUGGACAACCUGAGUUGCAGUGGGAGUGAGAAGAGUAUAACUGAAUGUGCCUCCCGGGGUUGGGGGAACAGCGACUGUACCCAUGAUGAAGAUGCUGGUGUCAUCUGCAAGGAUCAGCGCCUCCCUGGUUUCUCAGACUCCAAUGUCAUUGAGGUAGAGCAUCACUUGCAAGUGGAGGAGGUGCGAUUGCGACCCGCUGUUGGAAGGGGCAGGCGCCCCCUGCCCGUGACCGAGGGGCUGGUGGAAGUCAGGCUCCCGGACGGCUGGUCGCAAGUGUGUGACAAAGGCUGGAGCGCUCACAACAGCCACGUGGUCUGCGGGAUGCUGGGCUUCCCGAACGAAAAGAGGGUCAACACAGCCUUCUACAGAAAGUUGAGAAAGCGAGCAGCCAAAGCCUCGGCCCGGCGCCCCAAGUCCCUUGGAAGACCAAUCCGCAAGCGUAAAGUUAAACCCAAGCCCCGAGUGGGCAGGGGGCCAGUCAAGAGACAGGACUUGGGGAGAGUACCUGAUCUCUUUGAACUUCAGAAUCCACUUACCCUGAGCUUCCAAAGGCUGCUGGCCCAGCGGCAGCAACACUCCUUUGGUCUGCAUGGGGUGAGCUGCAUGGGCACGGAGGCCCACCUCUCCCUCUGUUCCUUGGAGUUCUAUCGUGCCAACGACACCACCAGGUGCCCUGGGGGGGGGCCUGCGGUGGUGAGCUGUGUGCCAGGCCCUCUCUAUGCAGCAUCCAGUGGUCAGAAGAAGCAACAACAGCUGAAGCCUCAGGGGGAGGCCCGAGUGCGUCUAAAAGGCGGGGCCCACCCUGGAGAGGGCCGAGUGGAAGUCCUGAAGGCUGGCACAUGGGGCACAGUCUGCGACCGCAAGUGGGACCUACAGGCUGCCAGCGUGGUGUGUCGGGAGCUGGGCUUCGGGACAGCUCGAGAGGCUCUGAGUGGUGCCCGCAUGGGGCAGGGCAUGGAUGCCAUCCACCUGAGUGAAGUCCGAUGCUCCGGACAGGAACUCUCCCUCUGGAAAUGCUCGCACAAGAACAUCACAGCUGAGGACUGUUCCCAUAGCCAGGAUGCUGGGGUCCGAUGCAACCUACCCUACACUGGGGUGGAGACCAAGAUCCGACUCAGUGGGGGCCGCAGUCGGUAUGAGGGGCGAGUCGAGGUGCAAGUAGGAGGACCUGGGUCCCCCCGCUGGGGCCUUAUCUGUGGGGAUGACUGGGGUACACUGGAGGCCAUGGUAGCCUGCAGACAGCUUGGACUGGGCUACGCCAACCACGGCCUGCAGGAGACCUGGUACUGGGAUUCAGGGAACCUGACAGAGGUGGUGAUGAGUGGAGUGCGCUGCACAGGGACUGAGCUGUCCCUGGACCAGUGUGCUCAUCAUGGCACCCAUGUUGCUUGCAAGAGGACAGAGACCCGCUUCACUGCUGGAGUCAUCUGUUCUGAGACCGCCUCAGAUCUGCUGCUGCACUCAGCACUGGUACAAGAGACCGCCUACAUAGAGGACCGGCCCCUGCACAUGCUCUACUGUGCUGCCGAAGAGAACUGCCUGUCGAGCUCAGCUCGCUUGGCCAACUGGCCUUAUGGCCACCGGCGUCUGCUCCGAUUCUCCUCCCAGAUCCACAACCUGGGACGAGCUGACUUCAGGCCCAAGGCUGGGCGCCACUCCUGGGUGUGGCAUGAGUGUCAUGGGCAUUACCACAGUAUGGACGUCUUCACUCACUACGAUAUCCUGACCCCCAAUGGCACCAAGGUGGCUGAGGGCCACAAAGCUAGUUUCUGUCUAGAAGACACCGAGUGUCAGGAGGAUGUCUCGAAGAGGUAUGAGUGUGCCAACUUUGGAGAGCAGGGCAUCACCGUGGGUUGCUGGGAUCUCUACCGGCAUGACAUCGACUGUCAGUGGAUUGAUAUCACAGAUGUGAAACCAGGAAACUACAUUCUGCAGGUGGUCAUCAACCCCAAUUUUGAAGUGGCAGAGAGUGACUUCACCAACAAUGCAAUGAAGUGUAACUGCAAAUAUGAUGGACACCGCAUCUGGGUGCACAACUGCCACAUUGGUGAUGCCUUCAGCGAAGAGGCCAACAGGAAGUUUGAGCGCUACCCUGGCCAGACCAGUAACCAGAUUGUUUAAGGUGCUGCCAUCCUCCUUUGCACACCACCACUGGCCCCUUAUGGCAAGGGUGUGAGGCUGCCAUUACCUCAGGAGCUUACCACAGAACCCCAGUAACAGUGGGCCUGCCACAUUCAUCCAGUACACACUGGAUGUGGAACUGUCGAGCAGACGUUCUCACCCUUCUUCCUGGACCAGCUGUUCACAUCUGUGGCCAAGUAUGUGGAAUGUGUGCAUCCAGGUCCAGCACGGAGCAGAGCACACCAUGGGGAGCAGCAUCUGAGUAACAGCCCAGAAUGACGGGGAUCAGGAUAGUCGGCUCUAGAAUCUCCCCUCUGUUCAAGGGGGAUACAGCUUUACCUCUAGCCUUCUGGUGGGGCAAGAAAAGAUCAGCCCUCCCCCUCCCUUUUUUAUUAUAACAUGUUGCUAGGUAUAAUUUUAUUUUAUUAAAAAAAAAAAAGUUUUUUCAUUUCUUCAGAA